AUGUCAUCAUCACUAAGAGCUUUGAGAAAAGUUGAUGAGGGAGAGUUUGAUUUGAGCAAGGCACAUCACGUUCGUUUAAUUUCCCUCAUCAGAACACAAAUUGCCCAUCCGACUGGUGAUGGAGAAAUUAUUAAACAAGCAACGAAUGGAAAUUUAACAAAAUUGAAGGAAUGUCUGGAGAAUGGAAGUUGUAUUGAUGAAGUAGGUGAUUCGGGGAGAAUUAAUGCAUUGAUGAUGGCUAUUCAUAAGGGACAUAAUGAAAUGGUCAAGUAUUUAUUGGAUCAAGGAGCUGAUAUGCACUAUAUCAAUCAUUCUCCUUAUUGUGACACUGCAUUGCAUUGGGCUGCCUAUUACAAAAAUCCACAAGCUUGUAAAAUGUUAUUGGAAAGAGGAGCUUUGGGUGAUAUUCCAAAUUAUUCUGGAGUGACACCUUUGGAUGACGCACGUAAUCAUUGCAAGCAAUGUGAAGCUCUCAUUCAGGAAUAUUUGGAAUGCUCUCUUGUUGCUAGGAAGAGAAUUGAGAAAUUUAGAGAAAUGCUGUUGAAAAAUCCAUCACUGGAUGUUGAAAUUAUUGUAACUAACUUGUAA